AUGCAUUUGGUGGUAGCUUCCCAACAGCUGAACUUAGUGGUUGUUACUUUCAUUUAUGCCAAAGUCUACUUUCGUUUUUUACAGGCCAAUGGUUUUAAACAACAAUAUGAAACAGACGUUGAGUUCGCCGAUAAUAUUCACAAAAUUGCCUCGCUACCAUUUCUGGAACCAACAUCAGUAGUAGAAGGUUUCGAAUUAUUAUGUUCAAAAUUUGGUGAUGAUUAUCCACCUAUUCUAGAUUAUAUUGAAGACACAUAUAUUGGUCGAGUUGGUGGUAGCACAAGAAGAGAACCUAUGUUUCCAGUUCGUUUCUGGAAUAUGCAUAACCGAGUUUUGAAUAAUCAACAUCGAACAAAUAAUAAAAUUGAAGCGUGGCACCGAAAAUUAAACUGUGCAUUCCAAUGUUAUCAUCCGACUUUAUGGACAUUUUUAGAUAAACUGAUCAAGGAAGAAAAUAGUUUACAUUCAGAUACAGUGAAUGCAAAAUCUGGCCGUGAACCAGCAAUCCAGAAACAAUAUGAGUCACUAAAUAAGCGUUUACAUAGUUUGGUGGAGACCCCUCAUCCAACAGUUUAUGAGCAGUUACAAGCUAUCGGACGUUUACUCGAUAUGAGUCUCAGAGCUAUUCGUUUGCAGUGUAUGCCUGACAAGGGCUUUGGCAAAGAAUUAGAUAAAUUAGACGUGCUAUGCAUCAAUAGACUGCAUAACUGUACAUGGUCUGGGAAAUUAAAAGAUUAUCAGGCUCACCUGAAUGAAAGACAUGGAAGUUGCGACUCAGUACAAUGUUCACUAACUAAUUAUGGGUGUCACAGACAAGUAAUGAGAAAAGAUUUUGGAGCUCAUUUAAAUACAGAACAACAUCAGAGAAGUCUUCUUGUAUUUCUUGAGAAAAUGCUACUACUGAUGAACACGACAAUUUCAGUUAACGCUUCAUCUAUGGAAGUCGAAACAAUAGGAUCUGCCACAGAGGCGACAAAUAAUUCAACUCGAGUAAAUGAUUUAUAUGACGAAUUACAGAAGUGUUAUUCUAUCUUGACAACAUUGACUCAAGGAGUUCAAACUUUGCAAAAUGCUGCUGUUAGACUGAAUGCAGAAUCUUCGGGUAUUGAUAAUUUAUGUCAAGCAAUAAUACAGGAAUUCAAUAAAUUAAAAAAGAUAAUGGGAGAAAAGGAUACAUAUCUGACUGGACUUGGUCUUAGUCAAGAGAUACUUCAACAGGAACUGUCGAGUCUAAAACAGAAAGUGGCUGAUAUUGAAUCAGUCUCGUUUGAUGGUGCACUCAUAUGGAUGAUAACAAAUGUUUCUGAGAAAAAGUGUGAUGCUCAAAGUGAACGACAGACAUCAAUACAUUCACCACCCUUCUACUCAUCACCUACUGGCUAUAAAAUGAGAGCUCGAUUAUAUCUGUAUGGUGACGGAAAUGCACGUGGUACACACAUGUCACUCUACUUCCUUUUGCUGAGAGGCGAAUAUGAUACUAUUCUUAAGUGGCCAUUUAAUCAUAAAGUCUCAUUUUGUCUAUAUGAUCAGUCAGGUCAAGGACGACAUAUUAUAGACUCCUUUCAACCUGACAUUAAAUCAAAUUCAUUUCAACAACCACGUUCCGAUAUGAAUGUUGCUUCUGGCAUUUCCAAAUUCUUUCCUCUAACAAUGAUACAACAAGAUGACAAUAAUUAUGUAAAAGAUGAUACAAUGUUUAUUAAAAUUACUGUUAAUUUUGCAGAUUUAUCAGACAUGAUUUUACCGUUUGCUAUUAAUCUUCAUCCUGGUUUGCCAUCACAAAUACAGCAAGCUCUGAUUAAACAAGAAAUUCAACGACGGCAAGAAGCUGUUCAAGCACCCCCUACCACACCAAUAGCAGUACUACCUAUCAAAACUCAUGUGGAUGAAUAA